GCAGCGCCUUUGUGGGGAAAGCGCAGCGGCGGCGGUGGCUUCAGCCCCCCCACCCCUAGCCGGGGCCGGGGCUCCCCGCCGUCCCCAUGAGCUGGCUGUAGGCUCCGAGCUGCCACAAUCGCGCUUAAUUAUCUGAGGGGAUUAGUUCUAAUUUGUUUUGUUUUGUUCAUUUCCUUUUUCCCUUAAUUUUAAUUUCUUACAGUCUAUUUUUCUACACUUUGCUAUAUAAACAUGGUGCUGGGGAAGGUGAAGAGUUUGACAAUAAGCUUCGACUGUCUGAAUGACAGCAAUGUCCCCGUCUACUCUAGCGGGGACACAGUCUCAGGAAGGGUCAAUUUAGAAGUAACUGGGGAAAUUAGAGUGAAAUCUCUUAAAAUCCACGCGAGGGGACACGCGAAAGUGCGCUGGACUGAAUCGAGAAAUGCUGGAUCCAACACUGCCUAUACACAGAACUACACUGAAGAAGUGGAGUAUUUCAACCAUAAGGACAUUCUGGUCGGCCACGAGAGAGAUGAUGACAAUUCAGAAGAAGGCCUUCACACCAUCCAUUCUGGAAGGCAUGAAUAUGCAUUCAGCUUUGAGCUUCCACAGACACCACUUGCUACCUCAUUCGAAGGCAGACAUGGCAGUGUGCGCUAUUGGGUGAAAGCCGAAUUGCAUAGGCCUUGGUUUCUACCAGUAAAAUUAAAGAAGGAAUUUACAGUCUUUGAACAUAUAGAUAUCAACACUCCUUCAUUACUGUCACCCCAAGCAGGCACAAAAGAAAAGACACUCUGUUGUUGGUUUUGUACCUCAGGCCCAAUAUCCUUAAGUGCCAAAAUUGAAAGGAAGGGCUACACCCCAGGUGAAUCAAUUCAGAUUUUUGCUGAGAUUGAGAACUGCUCUUCCCGUGUGGUGGUGCCAAAGGCAGCCAUUUACCAAACACAGGCAUUUUAUGCCAAAGGGAAAAUGAAGGAAGUCAAACAGCUUGUUGCCAACCUGCGUGGGGAUUCAUUGUCAUCUGGCAAAACAGAAACCUGGAAUGGCAAACAGUUGAAAAUUCCACCUGUGUCUCCUUCAAUCCUUGACUGUAGUAUAAUCCGCGUGGAGUAUUCACUGAUGGUGUAUGUUGAUAUUCCGGGUGCCAUGGAUUUGUUCCUUAACUUACCACUGGUCAUUGGUACCAUUCCUCUACACCCAUUUGGUAGCAGAACAUCAAGCGUGAGCAGCCAGUGUAGCAUGAACAUGAAUUGGCUUGGUCUGACCCUACCUGAAAGACCAGAAGCACCUCCCAGCUAUGCAGAAGUGGUCACAGAGGAGCAAAGACAGUCCAGCCUUGCACCUGUAGGUGCUUGUGAUGACUUUGAGAGAGGACUUCCAGGACCAUUGUUUGCAUACAUCCAGGAGUUCCGUUUUCUGCCUCCACCUCUCUAUUCAGAGAUUGAUCCAAACCCAGAUCAGCCCACAGACGACAGACCAUCUUGCCCCUCUCGCUGAAGGAAUCUGUUAAAAGCUGACUCAACUUGGGUUAUAGAACAACACCUGCCAUAUUGAAGGUCAAGGCAUCACAGUGGAGACUCACUUUCAGAGGAAGUGGUUUUGCUCUUGCCUGUGUGGUGAAUCAAAGAAAAAACAACCUGUGAUCAUGCUUCGAAGCCUACAGUAACAGUGUAGGACUGCUCCAAAUGCUUGAAGACCUGAGCUGUUUUGUUCUGUUGUUUUUCUUCCCCUUCCCCCUUAAGUAUUGGCACAUAGUAGGAGCAGCCUUACUAACAACCUGCAGUCAUGUGUGUCAAAACACUCAAACCACAUUGUAAGAGGGAUGACUUCCUCUUGAAAUUUGGAAAUUUGCACAUGCUCAUUGCUCACGUUGUGCGGUUCAGUGUCACUACAGCUUUUUUCCCCUCAUUUAUGGCAGACUUAUUAAUUCCCUCAUUUGUGGUCCGCACAAUAAGAAGCAACAAAGCUUUGGCAAAAGAAAAAAAACAGUAACAAAAAAACCCAACAGCAACAGACAUACACAAAUGCACUGACUUUACUUUUUUUUUGUUUGGUUUCUUUUAAUUUAAUGUAGCCUGGACUUUACCUGCAUAUGCACAUGCUCAGAAUUGUCCUAGUAGGCUGGUCAUGUAUCACCUCUUCAGCUUGGAUCCUAUGGUGGAUUUAUUGACAAACAUCAAAUGCCUUCAAGCCAAUCCUUCUUGCUGUAUGUUUUGCAGCCUACUGUAGUAGAUAAGCAACAGAUGCAGGGCUGGGGGGCGGGGAUGGAAAGUUAAUAGAAAGAAACUAAUAGACUUCAUCAAGAUUGUAAAUCUUCUUGAUUUCCUUUAAGAAUUUGUUGCCUUUCUACUAUCCUCGCAAAGCAGCAUUUUGUUACAGACUGCCUAAAAAAAAAAAUCACUUAAUCUCAGGUGAACUCAUCACUUGCCAAACUGUUGGAAUGCUAUUUGUUUUGUUAUGUUGCACUGUUGAGUUACUUCUCUUUUGUUUUAUGUUUGUUUGUUUUUUUUUUUUUCUUCUUUACUCAAGAGGGGGAUCUGGAAGAGGGACAUGCACAAAAGUUAUGAAACCCACCCUCAUUCCCAUUUGUAUUUCUAUAUUGUAGAGAUGUUCAAGUUGUGAAGCUUUAAAAAAAGUGAUAAAGGCACAAAUAAGCAGCACCAGCAGACAUCGGCUCAGCCUCAAAAAAAAAAUAGUCAUACACUGUCUAGGAUUGUAGACAGGUCAGUAUCUCAAGUAAUAGGGAUGGGAAGGGAAAGUAAAUUUAUUUUUAUAUGUAGUUGCCUAAAUCACCAAAAAAUCUAUAUGUAAUGAGUCUCUAGUAGAAAGUAUAUUUCAAACUGCCAGAAAAGCUUGGACUAUGCUGAGAGCUCAGUUUGUGCACUUUGUAUUAUCUUCAGGGUUUAUGAUACUGUAAAAGUAGAUUAGAAGUAUAGUUAAACUGGGCAAGAUCAGUGUUACCAGCCAUACUUGGAUACUAGUUAGCUAGAGCUUCUUGGAUUAUUGCAUCUUCUGUGGUACUCACAAGAGCUUUAACAAACAAAAUGGGGAUUUCACUAUGUAUCCUUUCAGAAUGCAAAAAUGCUCUAGCCAGGGGGGUUGGACUUGGUGAUCUUCAAGGGGCCCUUCAAGGGGCCCUUCCAUGCUCUACCAGUCUGUGAAACUGAGUGUGCUCCAAGGGAAAAAAGAGUAAAUGGAGCCACUGGAUGUGCUAGUGCAAAUGCCAACACUCAUGCUAGAGAUGUACAACAAAAUGUCAGCUUUCCUUUCCAGACAUUGUGUAACACAGUCCACUGAGAAAGGGACAUGCUUCUAGUGUUGAUGGUUUCAACCAAGAUGUGAUCCAUCAAGUAAUCCUUGUGCAAUAAAUAAACAGCCCGGAAGGGAGCGGGCGAGGGGAAGCUGGUGUUUUCUGCCUGGUGCUAGCUCUUAACAAACCUCUGCCUUGUUUUUAAGGCUUCAUAAAAGCAACAGGCUUUUCCAUAAGUGGCCUUUUAUGAGAACAUGAAGGAUCAUUCAUGUUUCAAAAGUGACAACAGGGUGAUAAAAAUGAGUCGCGUUUUAAGUGAUUCAGUUAAAAGGCUUGGACUUGGAGCAAGAGUACUGGACAAGAAGGAAAUUGGGUGAUGUCUUAGGUUAUUGGGCCAAUUUUGUGAAUGUCCCUUCCCUCUGCCCUCUCCAAUUUGUAAAGCUAAUGGGAUUGUUGGCAUAAAAGGGCAUUUGGUGGUUUUACUGUUUGUUUUUUUUUCCUUUUUUUUUUUUUUCUUCAUUAUUUGUUACUUUAACAGACUAGGGAACAAUUGCUGAUAUAUGCAUAGCACUAAAGUACUUACCACAGUAUAAUGGAAAAAUGGCAUACAAAGUGGGAUUGACCAAUAUUGUAGUAGUUGACAUGGCAUUACAGCCUGUGUGAUUGGAGUUGUCAAUUCUUUAUCCUUUUCAAAUAAAAAAGGCUAUUUUUUUUCAGUUCAAAUUACAUUGUCAGUUGUUCAGAGGCAUUAUUCUUCCACAAGUAUUGGUCAAUUCUCAGCAUUAUGAAACAUGAGGUUCACAGUCGUAGCCCAGUAUUUGAUAUAUAGAAUUCUGAUCUGAAUUAGCAGAAAGUAAAUUCCAAACAUUAGACAAACAAAGUGCAAUAUUAAAUGUUUGCUUUAUAGGUUAUAUUUGAUGGCUGUUUGUAAUUUUUUUUAUUAUUUUUCUUUUUUUUUUUGUUUUGGUGCUGAAUAUGUCCUUGUAGACUCUUGUUUCGAGAAUACAAUAUGUGGAAAACAAUUUAAUUUUUCCUAUUGCUCUUCCUUGUGGAAAAUAAACUUUUUUUUUUUAAUAAAA